UGUAUCAAAAGGGAGAGAGCGGAAAGAUAUAGGCUUUAGGGGGAGUUUUAGACUGAGAGUCUAGAGAACGAGAGAGAGCGGGAGAGUGAGACAAAUAGCUUCAUAACGAUCUAGGGAUAGAAAGAAAAAGGGGGUUUCAGAGAGUUGCGGCAGAAAGAGAGAGUGCUAUAGGUUCAGGAAGAAGCACUAGGUCUUUUCUCUAAGUUGCAUCAGAGUGGAUUAGGUCAUGACAAGAGGCAAAGUUGAUUAUGAUGAAGGCAGGAGGCACAUGGAACAAGAUCAAGCAUGUGAAACGAGCUGGUGAAAAUUGGGCUGGUAUAGACUGCUUUAGAAAUAUGAUUAGAUCAAAAGUUGGGUAUGAAAGUGUGGCAUUAUUUAUUAUUCUAUCUGCAAUUGUAGGCACAAAUAAUUUGGAGGUGGGCAAACAGAUUCAUGGUGCUGCUUUGGGGGUUAAAGGUUUCAGCUGAUAAUAAUGUUGGGCCUUGAAAGUUGCAUAUAUUGAAGAAGCUGGGAAGACCAGGUUUUUUAAACUCCUAGAGGCAGCGGUUUGGGAGUUUAAGGAUUUUGCUAACCAACCCCAGCAUCUUCCGCAGCUGCAACUGAAACAAUCACCUUUUGAACAACUGGAGCACUUACUAUUUUGAACAGCCUCCAGCAGCAACUUUUGCUAGAUUAGCUUAUAACCCUUUUGUAAAGCUAGCAUUUUUGCACCAGCUCCAGUUGAAUGGACUUCAACUAAAAGCGACAGAAAUAAGUAUUGUCCAGUCCCAAUUGUGACAGAGGAAGAAGCAGCUCUAAGCGACUCAGGGUAGGAGAAGAAGACAGACUGACUGAUAAUAAUUGUGUUUGGGUAGGUGAUCUGCUGCAACUAAACCAAUCGUGCUUGGGUUUUGAAAAUAAUCGUGCUAGAUCAACUAGGCGUGUGGUUCUUCCUCCAGAAGCGUCAAAGCUAGUUCCAGAGAAUCUGCUUUUUUCUGAGAUAGCAAACAAUAACAUAUAGCAAACAGCCUUUGAUCUGUACACUGAGCCAAGAAAUGAAGGAAGAAGAAGUGAAUCGAUGCCAGAUACAGGAAUGGUACCCUAAGUUUAAAUCCGUGUCUAUCAAAACACGGAUUCAUGAACUUCCAGAAUCCUUUGUCCAAUAUCUUCUUGAUGAUUCAGGCCCCUUCCUUCUUCCAGUUUCCAUCUCAAAUGAAGAUGCCUUACCCAACAGAAUUCAUAAUCCAGAGGAGGAAGAUGACUAUCAAGUAAUAGAAGGAUCUGAUGAUGAGUCAGAGCAGCCUUCUUUGCCCCCUUCUUUUCCUGAACUUGAGUUGGAGAUUAAGGAAUCCAUUGCAUCACUUGGAGGUGCUGUGUUCCCGAAGCUAAACUGGAGUGCACCAAAAGAUUCUGCUUGGAUUAGCACAACUGGGACUCUCAGAUGCUCUUCCUUCAGUGAGAUUGCACUGUUGCUACGAUCAUCUGACUCACUGGUGCAUGAUUUGUGUCAUGCUUAUGAUUCCUGCAAUGACAAGACCUCCUCACGGCCCAAGAGCUUCUUCCUUGCUCUCCGUAAAUGGUACCCAUCCCUUCAGCCAGAGAUGGAAUUCCGCUGCUUUGUGAGGAAUCAGAAUUUAGUUGGAAUUUCCCAGCGCGAGGCCACAACCUUCUACCCUUCUCUGCUUAAAAGCAAAGAGCAUCUGGGAGAGUUGAUCGAAGAGUUCUUUAUGGAAAAUUUAAGGUCAAGAUUCGAGUCAGAAAAUUAUACCUUUGAUGUAUACGUGACGAAGGACAAGCGAGUUAAGGUUAUGGAUUUCAACCCUUGGGGUGCAUUUACACUGCCUCUGAUGUUUACAUGGGAGGAACUGGAACAGAGUGAUAAUGAACAAGGGGAUGGUGUGGACUUCAGAAUUGUGGAGAGCCAGUGUGGUGUUAGGCCAGGUUUGAAGACAGCAGUGCCCUACGAUUAUGUGGACACUAGCUCUGGGAGUGGCUGGGACCAGUUUUUCAGGAAUGCCGAUAAAGAGUUACAGCGGCAAAGUAGGUCUCCUUAAGCAGGUGCUUAAGGUCCUUCAUUGCUUGGACAAGAAUGAAAUUUGCAUUUACAUUGUUAGAUGACACUCCUUGAGUCUUGUGACUGUCGCCAUCUUACUUAUUUAAUACUCUGGCAGGAGUAGGACAGUUCAACCCAUAGGUGUAGAAAGCAACGUAUGAAAUUUUCAUUCCGGUAUUUGGUAAUUUUGGAAAAGUUACUUGGAUAGUCUGUAAUUAAUACAAGAAAAUAAUACAAAAUGAGUGACUAAUUCAAAAAAAGGGUGAGAGAAAAUGAAUCUCUUAAGGCCUCAUUUGGUUUGCGGAAA